GUUGGCGGCAGUGCAGAGAGGCAAAGGAGGGAGCGCUGGCAAUGAAAAUGCAGGGGCCCCACGGAGAGUGUAAGAGCACACGCAUAGGCCCCCUCCAACUCCCAAGCCAAGCUCCUUCUUGGGUGCAGAGGGUGGGCAGCAGCGCCUAGCGGGAUUCCUUGGGCUCCGCCCCUUCUCUUCCUCUUCCUAGCGACCAAUUAGGGAGGGAUGGUGGGAGGAGGCCCCGCCCCCAAUCUGUCAGUGGAUAAGGCUAAGCGCCGGGGCCGAGUGGACAGCUGCCGACUCUGGUUCACCUGAAGCAGGUGGCGGCGACCCUAGCCUCCAGUGCUCAGCACCCAAGGACCCGACAGCCCGAGCAAGGACGGAGAUGCCGCAGGAACGGACUGUCCGCCUACAGUUCGGGAACCGCAUAGAGGCGGUGUGUGUACUGGGCACCCGACUCUGGGUCGAUGUCUACAGAUGUGAAGACUGAGAUGUGGAGAGGCUCAACCACCUUUCCAACGCUCUGCAUGCACGCAGCCCCUGCUGAUGCCAAGACCUUCAGCCUGAAAUACACAGAUGCUGUACAGGUCGAAGCAGUGAUUGAUGGCCAAGCCGAAGAGGCCACAGCCAAUGGCAAGCAACGAUGGGCCCUCUCCCCCAGCACUAUCCUCCGCCUCAGCAUGAGCCAGCCCAGCACAGAAGUCAGCAGCGACAAGGUCACCGUCGGCUAUUAUGGGGAGGAAGGCAAGAUGCCCAUUGACCAAGCUGGCCUUUUUCUCACAGCUGUUGAGAUCUCCCUGGAUGUGGAUGCAGACCGAGAUGGAGUCGUGGAAAAGAAUAAUCCUAAAAAGGCAUGCUGGACCUGGGGCCCUGAAGGCCAGGGAGCCAUCCUACUGGUGAACUGCGACAGGGAGAUCCCCUGGUUGCCCAAGGAAGAUUGCUCUGAUGAAAAGAUCUACACCAAAGAAGACCUGAAGGACAUGUCUCGGAUGAUCCUGAGGACCCGCGGCCCCAAUCAGCUCCCAGCCGGCUAUGAGAUGGUUCUCUACAUUUCCAUCAGCGACUCUGACAAAGUGGGCGUGUUCUAUGUCGACAACCCGUUCUUCGGCCAGCGUUACAUGCACAUCCUCGGCCGGCGGAAGCUGUUCCAUGUGGUAAAGUAUACAGGUGGCAAAGCCGAGCUGGAAUUCUUCGUAGAAGGCCUUCGAUUCCCUGACGAGAGUUUCUCAGGCCUGGUCUCCAUCCACGUCAGCCUGUUGGAACUUCUGAUAGAGGGACUUCCCCAGACUCCAAUCUACACAGACACAGUGACUUUCCGGGUCGCCCCAUGGAUAAUGACCCCAAACACGUUACCUCCUGUGUCAGUGCUAGUAUGCAGCGUGAAGGACAAUUACCUCUUCCUGAAGGAGAUAAAGAACCUAAUUGAGAAAACUAGCUGCAAGCUUAAGAUCUGUUUCCAGUACAUGAAUCGCGGGGAUCGUUGGAUCCAGGAUGAAGUUGAGUUUGGCUACAUUGAUGCUCCCCACAAAGGUUUUCCUGUGGUUCUAGAUUCCCCCCGAGACGGGGACCUAAAAGACUUCCCAGUGAAAGAACUCCUGGGUCCAGAUUUUGGCUAUGUGACCCGGGAGCCCCUCUUUGAGGAAGUCACCAGCUUGGAUUCUUUUGGGAACCUGGAGGUCAGCCCCCCUGUGACGGUGAAUGGGAAGGAGUACCCCUUGGGCAGAAUUCUCAUCGGCAGCAGCUUCCCUCUGUCUGGAGGGAGGAGGAUGACAAAGGUUGUAAAAGAUUUCCUCCAGGCCCAAUUAGUGCAGGCACCUGUGGAACUGUAUUCUGACUGGCUGAUCGUUGGCCACGUGGAUGAAUUUAUGACCUUCAUCCCCAUCCCAGGCAAGAAGGAAUUCCGGUUACUCAUGGCCAGUACCUCUGCCUGCUACAAACUCUUCCGGCAAAAGCAGAAAGAGGGACAUGGAGAAUCUAUCUUGUUCAAAGGCUUGGGGGGCAUGAGCAACAAACGGAUUACCAUCAAUAAGAUCUUAUCCAAUGAGAAUCUUGUGCAGCAGAACCUGUAUGCCCAGCGCUGUCUGGAUUGGAACCGGGACAUCCUGAAAAAGGAACUAGGGUUGACAGAGAAGGAUAUCAUUGACAUCCCAGCUCUGUUCAAAUUGAACGAGGAAGGUCAAGCCUUGGCUUAUUUCCCCAACAUGGUGAAUAUGAUUGUGCUUGACAAGGACCUGGGGAUCCCCAAGCCUUUUGGGCCCCUGAUUGAGGAGCAGUGCUGCCUGGAGGCUCAUAUAUGCUCAAUUCUUCAACCCCUGGGUUUCAACUGUACCUUCAUCGAUGACAUUUCCUCCUAUCACAAAUUAAUGGGCGAGGUCCACUGUGGUACCAAUGUCUGCCGGAAGCCCUUUGCCUUCAAGUGGUGGCACGUGGUGCCUUGACCUCAUGAGUGGGCUUGGCAUUCCCUUCCCUCAUUCCCUCCACCUUCCCUCCACCUCCUCCUAUAUUCCCAGGUCUUAUACCUUCUUAGAAAUUGCUUUUUCUUCAUUGGGCUGGGUCCAUUUUGAUAUCUCCAUUGGAAUGGGAUAGGGUCUGGGGAAAAGCAUACCCAAGGUUCUGGAGCCCACUCUAGUUCAUAAGCAAUAGUCUCUAAGUCUGCCAGUCUACCUUCUCUUUCUUCAAGCAAAUGAAAAGGGUCAAUUCUUCUGUGGCCAAGAAAAGGUCUGAUGGAUGUCAAACUCAAUCUGACUUUGACCCACAAACCCCAUUUAGGAUUCAUCUCUCGAGGGAAUGCUGCCUCUAGCUUCUCUGAGGAUGUCCUUAGUCACUUCAUUCUUCGCCAGCCCUUCUCACACCUCUGUCCCUAUCUUUCUCCUCAGAGGGUCCAGGCACAUCUCUUAAUAUUUAUCCAUUCUGCCCCACAUCAGCCAUCAGCUGCAAUGGGUCAGCUACCCAAACCCAGACUAACUUCAGGUGUAGACUAUGAUGACUGGGGAGAGGGAGAGGGAAUAGACACAAGGUAUACUGGGCCCUGUUGGGGAACAUCAGCCCAAGAAUCCAAAUGACCAUUUCUAAUUAUACCAAUUUCUCUCUUCUGUGCCUUUUUUCUGGAGUGAGGCCAAGGUUGGGACCAGGGGGGUGGGAAAGGGCCCUCUCUGUCCUCAGAGGUUCUAUGGUUCCCACCAUGUUGGGUCCAACCCUGGAGAUGGGAUCAAACAGCCAGUAUAUUUUCUAGGUUCUGGUAAUUGCUUUCCAAGACAAGAGGAUUAAAUGGCCAAUAGCACUUUUCCCCAAAAAAGGAAAGAAUUCCUUAUCACUACUUAACUAUAGCUGAGUGAUGGGAAUAUCACUCGGAGUUUGUGAAUCAGGAGUCUGGAAGUGGAGGACUUGAGUUCAAAUCCUACCUCUGACACCUACUAGCUGUGUGUCCUUGGGCAUAUCACUUAAAAAUCUCCUGGUCACACAUAAAAAUGACGCGGUUGAACUAGAUGGUCUCUGAGUUCUCUUCCAACUCAACAUCUAGGCUCCUGCGAUCUCUAGUCAUGCUUCUACUUCCCCCACCCUUCCAUGCAGCUUAUAAAAGAGAGAGAUCCCUGAAUCUGUCCCCAAGAGUGUAGGACAAUAUUUGGGGACCUUUCUUAAAAUAACUCCUUGAAGAUGGUCUUCUUAUUCCAAGAGGUCUGCCUGGGGUGCGAUUCCUGCCCUAUUUUCUCACAGAAACUUUUCCACAAAUGCAUUGGCUUUCUUCCCCAACUCCAUGUCCUCUCCCCUAGAUUCCCAUCAAGAAAUGAAAAGUAUACAAUUCUGAAGCACUCAUGACUGUGGAGUAUGGAUGUAAAACUUUCUAUGCAUCCCUGGCUUUUCUCUUCACUCCCUUUCCUAUUUUCUAUUAGCUCCACUCAACAAGUACUUUAAACACCUACAUGUGCAAGGCACUGGAUAUCCUAUAAAAUACAAAAACAGUCCUGCCCUCAAGAAGCUUACAUUCUCCUGGAAUGUAGCCUCCCCCUAGAGCCAUUUCCCUCAGGGAACAAAAACUCAACUCAGCUUUAUUGACUGGUCAUCCAAACCAGAUCUUCCUACAGUAUCUUGAAUUAGAGGGAACUUAAGCAAUUCCCUGGACACAAAUGAAUUUCUAGGAUUGAAUGAACUGCCAUAGAAAGUGUGUUGCUUGUCCCCUGGCCCAGUGUGACUCCAUUAAGCAGACAGCUGAACUGAUAACCACAUUGGUAGUGACUCUUAGGCAUUCCAGAGAUGGGAUUUGGUGGAAUACUCAUUCAGAAAAGUCCUUUCCCCCUUUUGUUCUGGUUCCCUUUCUCCUUAAGACUAAGUUAGCAGCUAUCUCCUUUUUCCUCAACAGAAGUGUAAUGUGGGCUGGAUGACCAGAGCUCUGCUCUAGGAUGAAAAACUUGGAUGGUGCCAACAGCUCUCUAGAUUCUAUCAAAACCCACUCCAUCUUUUUCAUGGUGGUCUUGUCCUGAGGUGGACUUCCUAUCCCUUCAGUAGCUUGGUUCACCACCUGACCCUAGUAGACAUAGUGAGUCUACUCCACCCCACUCCCACCUCUACCAUUGCCACUUGCCCCAGGUAUAAAUCAUAGCUCUGCUCCAGAUUUGGGACAAGCUACUCAACCCGGGCCUUCAUUAGGCUGCCGAACCCAGCUGUAGGCCAGCUGUUGGUAUGUCGCCAUACUAACCACACUAACUGUUGGGAGCCAGCUCUCAGAAUUCUGUUUUAAGCAGUAUUUCUAUGCAUAGAAGUGCCUUUGGGGCUAAGUUUAUUUUCUGGGAGGAUGACUAUGUCACUGCUCCAUUUUGGAUAUUUAAAAAAUACCAACCCCUUUCAGGAAUAGUUAUGCAUUUGAAUUGUGAGGAAGAGAGAGAUUUGGUUGGCCACAUGGACCUUAUUCUCUGAUACACUGAACAUAUUUCUGAUUCCCAAAGUGUGAUCAUUCUGCAAUGACACCAUUAAAAAUAUUAGGGGGGGGCAGCUGGGUAGCUCAGUGGAUUGAGAGCCAGGCCUAGAGAUGGGAGGUCCUAGGUUCAAAUCUGGCCUCAGCCACUUCCUAGUUGUGUGACCCUGGGUAAGUCACUUGACCCCUAUUGCCUAGCCCUUACCACUCUUCUGCCUUGGAGCCAAUACAUAGUAUUGACUCCAAGACGGAUGUUAGGGUUUAAAUAUAUAUAUAUAUAUAUAUUAGGGGGUGACACCUCAAGAUUGCCAGUGUCUGCAUGGAAUACUGUCACUACAUUCAAUGGUCGGGAAUGACAAAGUAUAAUAGAAGGGAAAAAAUCCAAAUCUGGAGGCCAACAGGCCUUUACCCUUUACCCUUUACCCUUGUGACUUUGAGCAAAUGUCAGCUUCCAGAGGCAGUGUGGCAAAAUGAGAGUCAAAAGACCUGGAUUCCAAUUCUACCUGCCCUUUGCUUCCUCUGUGAUAUUGAGUGAGUUAGUCUCCUCCCUUCUCUCUUUAAUGAGAGAAUGCAACUUGAUGUCCUCUAACUUUACAUCUUUAACUCUUAUGAUUCUACAAUCGCAUGGCCUCCUUGGACUUCCUCAGAUUCCUCAGAUGUCUGACCUCUUAAAAGUUAAGAAGCUGGACACGUUAUUGGGGUUCUUAAUUUUUUAUGUGUCCUAGAUCCCAUCUGUCAGUCAUUCUAGUGAAGCCUAUGGACCCCUUUACAGAAAAAUAUUUUUUAAGUGCAUAAAAUAAAAAUCAGGCAAAGGAAACCAAUAAGAUUGAAAUAUGGUUAUCAAAAUAUUUUUUAAAACAAGUUCACAGCCCUGUCCCACCCACUUAAGCAUCCCUAGACUAGAUGAUCUCUAAGGUUACUCCCAAUUCCCAAAAUAAACCCUAAAUUUCUUGAAGUUUUUUGGCCUGGGCCAAUAUCACUAGACAAAGUCCUGAGAGCUGUCAGAAAUUAGUCUUUUCUAUGGAGGUGAUGGGCCUGAGUGCUUUGGGGGUGCUGAGAUCUGAGCUCUCCCAUGAUGCCUCAACUGUUUCUGUCCCUGCAUGCCAAGUGCUUAUUAUAAGGUUCUUUUGGGAGAGAGCUUCAGGAUACCACACCAUGUGUGUGGAUUUGUGUUUGUGUUUUGUGUGUUUUUGACUCCUAGCCUGAUAAGACAUUCACUCCUACGCAUGUGAUAGAUUUUCCUCUUAAGUCAGUUGCAUUGUGACCCAGCAUUAGGGGGGACCUCUCAUCCUUUAGGGGGCAGUGACACUCAGGGGAUCCUGAGGCUACCAGAGCUAAGAAAGCCUUGGAGGCCAGUGACAUAGUGUUCUUUAGUGACAGAAAAGCGGAUGAUCAGUGUCCAAAUUUAAGCUUACAAGGCUAUGUUCAUGGUAAGCCUUAAAAAUAUUUUUGUAGGGGCAGCUAAGUGGCUUGGUAGAUAGAGAACCAGGCCUGGAAUAAGGAGGGCCUGGGUUCAAAUCUAGCCUUGGAUACUUCCUACCUGUAUGACCCUGGGCAAGUCACUUAACCCUAGUUGCCUAGCACUUGCUCUUCUGUCUUAGAGUUGUUACUAAGACAGAAAAUAAUGAUUAAAAAAAAUACUUUCUGCCCCUGUGUUACCUUGAAAAGUUUUGUGUUCAUUUUAAUGGCAAAUAGGACAAAAAAAAACAACAAUUUAACCCUUCAGGAAGCCUGCUAGAUGAUUUUAAAAAAUGGGGGGAAAACCUACUGUGGCUCAUAAUGCCUCUGUCUAAAAAAAUAAAAUCAAAGUGAUGCAACAGAAGAAA